CUCUGUCUCAGUGUUGUGCGAAUUUCGUCUUACGUAAAGGUCUAAAUAAACUAUGUUUUUAGCGAUUUCGUGAUGGAUGACAAGUGUCGGAAUGUGUAUGCAGAUAUGUGUCGUUAAGUGUAUUGUGAAGUGCGUGAACCAUUAAAGCCUGCAAAAUAGGGAAUAUCUUUUUAAACGCGAGGUAGGGCGAGACCCAUCGGUGCUGCCUACCCACCAUAUUUCUUGAUAACUGGCCUGAUGCCAUGGGUUGUUUUGGUAGCGGAGGCUCAAAAGCGGACCAAGAAGAACGAAAAAUUUUAAGUGAACGAAAUAAAAAGAUAAACGCACAACUCCAAAAGGAUAAACAAGUGUAUAGAGCAACGCACAGGUUAUUAUUACUAGGUGCCGGAGAAUCAGGGAAAAGCACAAUAGUGAAGCAGAUGAGGAUAUUGCAUGUCAAUGGCUUUAGUGAAGAAGAGAAGAGGCAGAAAAUAGAAGACAUCAAGAAGAAUAUUCGAGAUGCGAUAUUAACCAUAACCGGCGCGAUGAGCACGCUGACGCCGCCCAUCCAGCUCGAGAAUCCCUCCAACCAGCACCGGGUCGACUACAUCCAGGACGUCGCCUCGCAGCAUGACUUCGACUACCCGCCGGAGUUUUACGAGCACACGGAGAUCCUAUGGAAGGACCGGGGAGUACAGGCGUGUUACGAGCGCUCCAACGAGUACCAGCUGAUCGACUGCGCCAAGUACUUCUUGGACAAAGUUCACAUAAUUAAGCAGCCCAACUACACACCCACUGAACAAGACAUUCUCAGAUGUCGUGUCUUAACUUCUGGUAUCUUUGAAACAAGAUUUCAAGUGGAUAAAGUCAAUUUCCAUAUGUUCGAUGUUGGAGGACAGAGAGACGAAAGGCGGAAGUGGAUACAGUGUUUCAAUGAUGUUACCGCAAUCAUAUUUGUUACUGCAUGCAGCAGUUACAACAUGGUACUGCGUGAAGAUCCUACCCAGAACAGGUUGCGCGAGAGCCUUGACCUGUUUAAAAGCAUUUGGAACAACAGGUGGUUACGGACAAUAUCUGUGAUCCUGUUCCUGAAUAAGCAGGACCUACUGGCAGAGAAGAUCAAAGCCGGGAAGUCUAAGCUGGAAGAAUACUUCGCUGACUUCGCACAGUACCCUACCCCUACGGAUGCAAUGGCAGAACCAGGGGAAGAUCCAGAAGUUAUUCGGGCCAAGUACUUCAUUCGGGAUGAAUUUUUACGUAUCAGUACAGCAAGUGGAGAUGGCAAGCACUAUUGUUACCCACAUUUUACAUGUGCUGUAGACACUGAAAACAUCCGACGUGUGUUCAAUGACUGUCGUGAUAUAAUUCAACGGAUGCACCUUCGCCAAUAUGAGCUCUUGUGAUGCCUGUCACUGGCUUCAGCUUUAGGUAAUAUGUUUUUGGACUACGUCCAGGUGUUACUGUACUGUUGAAAGUCAGUAGGGUGAAGAGCAGUGGUUUGUGGGAGGGUCACAUGGGAGAUCCCACUCUGAUUGCCAGCGAGAAAAUUUAAGGGAAACACUGUAAAACUGAAAUGUGGACUAAAGUUUAAACUUAUAACUAGCCAAAGCAUUUAUAAGUACAGUAUAUAUGUGUAUAUUGCCAGGAUGUAACAACUAAUGAAGUGAAGCCAAUAUUAAAAAUAUAUAUAAAUAUACAUAUAUAAAUAAUGUAAUUGAGUAAAUACGUGCACAAAAUGUUUUCGUCGCCAAAGGAUACUAUUUGCUUGUUGUUGUUCACCCCAAUUUUAUUGUGUAAAUAUUUUUGUUUAAAAAGUUUUAGAAAUGUGAAAAUGAUAUCUUGGCUCUGUUUUUUAUAUUUAUUGUAAUGUAUUCUGCAGAAACUGAAUGGUGGUUGGCAACUAUGGAACUCAGAAUACUUUCACUGUAGUUGUCUUAUAAUUUCUGAAAAAAAGAAAAUAGAGAACUGUGUUACUUGUUGGCGUUUUGGAAGAGUAGCUGUUUUUGGUGUGGCCAACUGUUUUAGGACUAGCUAUGCAGUAUUUGAUUAACAAUUGUGUCAUU